AUGAGGGCUGGUGUUGAUAUCUUUGCUCUUGACUAUGAUGCUAUUAUUGCUGCCAUGUAUGCAUUGACUGUUAGUGCCGAGGGAGACUGUUACUUGUGUGUGCUGCCUGACCCAGGUAUAGAGCCCGCUGCCCUGGGUACUAGUGAGUCUGCUCUCUCCGGUAUGGUGCCCCCUGUACUUGCUCCCUCCAGUGCUGUCCCGGCUGUUUGCGAGUCUGCUCUCUCAGGUACAGCACCCACAGAGACUGCUCUCUCAGGUACCGCACCGGCUGAGGCCUGUCACACCUUCACCCUUGACUCAGUCCUUGCCCAGUCCACCACUGUGCUCCCUUGUCCGGCGGUUCCGUCUGGCUCGUUGUCGGGUUUCCACCUCCCCUCGUUCUCGACGAACCUGGUGAGCAACGCUGUCAUCCAGGAUCAGUGGGUUGACACCUUUACCCCUGGAGGACAGCGUGUGGCGAUCUGCACGUGCUCCAGGACCGGCCGUCACCUGGCUACGUUUACCCGUCGGCCGGGGUCGAGUCUCUACACACUGACCACUGCGUCUCCUCAGGUCGCUGCUGUCGGUCAGGUGUCCGCGUCAGGUCUGGUGGCCCACGCCUCCCGCGUUCGUGGCCAGGGCGGUGAGCGGUACUUUUUGCUGGUUGUCGACGACUACUCGCGUUACACCACGGUCUUCCCCUUGCGCACCAAGGGUGAGGUCCCUGCUGUUCUGAUCCCUUGGAUCCGCACAGUUCGUCUCCAGCUCCGCCGCCGUUUCCGGACGGAUCUUCCUGUCCUGCGUCUGCACUCUGACAGAGGUGGUGAGUUUUCCUCCGAUCUCUUGAGGACCUUCUGUCAGGAGGAGGGCAUCGAGCAGACCUUCACGCUUCCGGACUCCCCACAGCAGAAUGGGGUUGCUGAGCGCCGCAUUGGCCUUGUCAUGGAGGUCGCUCGUACCUCCUUGGUCCACGCGGCGGCUCCCCAUUUUCUGUGGCCGUUUGCUGUCCGGUACGCCGCGCAUCAGCUCAACCUCUGGCCCCGUGUCUCCUUGCCGGAGACCUCGCCCACACUGCGUUGGACGGGGGAGGUUGGCGAUGCGUCGCGCUUCCGGGUGUAG